AUGGCGUCCAAAAAGUUCGCGCACUGGAAUGGUUUCCCCUUCAUGACCGCCCCGCGAACGAAAUACUACUCUGGCCAGACACAAUCCCCGCUUUUCCGACUAUCCCGCGAGAUUCGGGAUUUCAUCUAUGAAUACUACGCGCUAGGAGAAGGCGACAAUGGCUACCAUUACGACAGUGAGACCGGGAAGAUGCUCGAGCAACCAACAUCAUCAGAGUCUAAACACGUUGUUCGCCUUGGUCUCAUGAUUUCGUGCCGCAUCGCUGCUGAGGAGCUUAAGAAUUGCGCUUUCCGCAAGUUGCAGUUUAGUCCUCAUCUUUCGCAGGAUGAUGGACAGGCGUUUUUGGGACUUGCUUCGAGGGCUGGGCGGUUCCAGAGCUUACUGAGAUAUGUGGACCGCCAAAAGAGGCGGAUGUUGAUCAAAGUUGCCGGACUGCUGCAGGAUGAAGACUGGCUUGACCUGCACGAUCGAUUCCCAUCGGUUCAAGGAUGGUUCAAGCGAUGCUUAAUGCACUCAGGUAAGUUGUAG